AGUUCUUCUUCUCCUCUAUAAUUCUCCUCCCAUUUUCUGUCUCUGGUUUUACCGCUGUUGAUCUAGGCCUUCUCUGUUCUCAGCAGCCGCCUGCUGCCGGGAACAGCGACGGCCACCCGCAGCGCUGGUGACAAGUGAAACCUCUCUCUGUCUUUUUCUUGUUUUCUUCUCUCUUUUGGCUCGUCUUAACCCACGUUUCUCUUCAGAGGCUCCGUUGACUCUCUUUGCGUGGUUUGAGAGCCACAACGCAGCUGCUCCAAAUGCCUAAUCCACCGCUAUCUGCCGGCCGUCAUCCGCAGCGAGUAUCGUAGGCCGGACCUCACUGAUCGACGAGUACAGGGAUGGCAACUCAUUCUAAGGCAAACCAGAACGUGGAGUGUGAGGAGGAGUAUGUCUUGAUUGACCUAGAUGAUGUUUGUGGGCAAGUUGAUAUUUCAUCUAAUUCAUCAUAUACACUCUCGGGUUUGGAUACUACUACUCCAACACUAACCAUCGGCGACAAAGUGAUGAUUGGAGAGUAUCAAGAGACAAUUGGAACAUGCUUCAUAUUAUCUGAAACAACUGAGGAAGAGGCACCAUCGAUAAACAAGGAAAGUCGUUCAGCUGAUGCAGAACUUUUUGCAGGAAAAUGUGCGGCUGAUCCAAAUAAGAAACCCUUUAAGCAAAUCAAUACCAUUUGCAAGCUUCAUAAGGUUCUUAAAUUUAGGCUCCAAUCCAAUGGUAACUCAAAGUUGUCAAAUGAUGCAUGAAUUUUGGUGCUUAAUUUGGUCUCAGUUUUUCUACAUAUUGUAAAAUGUUCGUUCAUGUAAAGAUCCUAUUAAAGUACUUCAGUUGUCUUAUUGGAAAUAUUUUCAGUAGCUUUACAACUGCAACA